AUGGCCGACAUCCUUACGCAGCUCCAGACCUGCCUGGAUCAGCUCGCAACCCAAUUCUACGCAACACUGGGCUACCUCACAACAUACCACGACAAUGCCCCGACAACCCCACCAGCCCACAUCCCAGACGCAGCACCGGCCUUAGCAAAAAUAACCAAGAAUUCCUCCUCACCACCCGUCCCAGCAGCCAUCGCAAACAGAGCAGGAGGCGCUGCUGCAGUCGCGGGAAACGCAACACCACCACUCGCCCCUCCCCAGCAACCCGGAGCUGUACCAACAGCACCGGGAAAUGAAGAUCCCAGUCUUCCGCCUGCGCCAGACUCCCCUCGUACCUUUGCGAGCCGGCAGCGGGAGCUUGCGCGCGAUCUCAUUAUCAAGGAACAGCAGAUCGAAUAUCUUAUCUCCGUGCUUCCUGGGAUUGGCGCUUCUGAGGCUCAGCAAGAGAGCAGAAUCCGGGAGUUGGAGACUGAGCUUCGAGGUGUGGAGAUUGAGCGUGCGGAGAAGGUGCGCGAGUUGAAGAAGUUGAGGCAGAGACUAGAGAGUGUUCUUGGUGCAGUUUCUGUGGGGAUUUAUGGGGAUGGAUAUGCUCAAAAAUAA